CUGCAGCCCACAACCUGGCUUACGUCUAAUCAGGCUAUUGGCUGUUGAGAAACUCAUGGGUUAAAUGCGGCAAGCAAGCAAUCUGGUCAUGCAAGGGCGCUAGAGUACCGCAACAGGUGAAGCUGUAGAGUAGGUCAACGCUAUUUCCGUGGGUUGUGCCGUUGUACGUUUCCCCACAUUGUGGAUCGAAGGAGAAAAACAGAUGAAACCAGGAAACUUUUUUGUCAGUGCCAUGGGGGUGAACCACGGAUAACUUCAAGCGGCGUAGCCUAUUCAACGGAUGUCGGCUGUUGGCAUGCCAGUCAGGAUAUCCCAUCAAGUGGGCCAAGUGUUUUCUGAACGGACUCGCUAUGUCUGACUGUGGAUAGAGCUACCUUACCUGGAAUUUAUUUUCAUGUGCGUGAAGACCAGGCGCCUUUAGCCGCUUGAACGAGAUAAUUUAGUUUUUCUGUCAAACUUUGGAUUUUCUGGAUGUUUUCGUCAUGACAGAAAAAGAAAGAUGUUUGGAGUGCCUUCAAACGGCGUUCAAACCGUGUCUUGAUCUCUUUGGCAAGAGCCGUGGCUCUGACAAGCCUGAUGGUGGUGAUGAGAAAUCGGUGGUUAUCACAAACCCAGUCGUACAGGCUCCCCUGCGUGAACUGCCGCCUAUACCUCCUCCAGAAACCCCAGGAUAUGUCUAUAUAGCUCUGUAUGACUACACGGCUCGAACUGAAAAUGACUUGAGUUUCAAAACUGGGGAUAAGCUCGAAGCACUGGACAAAAGCUAUGGCGAGUGGUGGUAUGCGCGAGCCCUCACCGGUGUCUCAGCGAACAAGAAGGGUUACAUUCCAGCAAACUAUGUGGCCGCCGUUGAGAGUCUGGACGCAGAACUGUGGUUCUUCGCAGACACAAAAAGGGUAGAUGCCGAGAAACUGCUCCAAGCCGAGGGCAAUGAGCACGGAGCUUUCCUCAUCAGACACUGUGAGAGCCAGAAAGGAGAGUAUUCUUUGUCAGUGCUGGAUAGAGGUAAAGUGAAGCACUACAAAAUCCGGAAAACAGACGCGGGAGACUACUUUGUGUCCAGAAACCGUUCCUUUGCCACUCUGAAACUGCUGGUGGAGCACUACUCGAACCAAGAUGAUGGACUCUGUGUUCGUCUCCUGGAGCCCUGUAAAAAGCUGGAAGCUCCCCAGACCCAUGGCCUGUCCUACAACACGGUGGAUGCAUGGGAGAUUGACCGCAAGUCAGUGCGCUUCAUACGCAAGCUGGGUGCCGGACAGUUCGGAGAGGUGCACGAGGGAGUCUGGAAUGAUACCACUCCAGUUGCCAUCAAGACGCUUAAAGAAGGAGCUAUGGACACCAAGGACUUCCUGGGUGAGGCCCAGAUCAUGAAGAAGCUGCGGCACCCCAAGCUCAUCCAGCUGUACGCUGUCUGCACGGUGGAGGAGCCCAUCUACAUCAUCACGGAGCUCAUGAGCAACGGCAGCCUGCUGGAGUACCUGCAGAAGGAUGGCGGGACAAAGCUGAGGAUUUCUGACCAGAUUGAGAUGGCGGCUCAGGUAGCCGCGGGCAUGGCUUACCUAGAGCUCCAGAACUACAUCCACAGAGACCUGGCUGCUCGAAAUGUCCUCGUUGGAGAGAACAACAUUUGCAAAGUGGCUGACUUUGGCCUGGCAAGAGUCUUCAUGGAUGAGAAUGUGUAUCAGGCCAGAGAAGGCACAAAGUUUCCCGUGAAAUGGACCGCACCAGAAGCCAUCAAUGACAACAAGUUCUCCAUCAAAUCUGAUGUGUGGUCCUUUGGCAUCCUUCUGUACGAAAUCAUGACCUUUGGCCAAAUGCCAUAUCCAACCAUGACCAACUAUCAAGUGGUUCAGAAACUUCCGUCGGGCUACCGUAUGAGCUGCCCCCCUCACUGUCCCAAGGUCAUGUACGAGAUCAUGAGGGACUGUUGGACGGACCAGCCAGCUGACAGACCCACCUUCGAGACCCUUCAGUGGAAGCUAGAGGAUUUCUUUGACAUGGACUUAUCGUCGUACGACGACGCUAACCAUUACUAGUAGCAGUCCCUAAUAACCCAGUUGCCUUUUGUGACGCUGUAUGAAAAAAUGAUUUCAAAAGCCAUAAUGUGAUCAACUUCAGCUGAAUAACUUUAGCUGAGGCCCUUCUGAGCAAGAAAUACACUCCAAUAAUGAACACACUGUUGUUAGAAUGAAUGAAUUGUUUUGCUGUAGCAAAAACUUCCAGUCGUGAUUUGAUUUUCCACAGAUCUCAUUUGUAGACCCAAAUGACCCUGACUUAUUUGUUGCUGUAAUUUUUUUUACAAAAGAGACAAUUAUGGUUUGUUGACUAAGAGCACUUUUUUCAUAUAGUACUGUAGGUGUAAACCCUUGUACUGUACAUGUAGGUAAACUGUAUGCCAGUUUUUGUAAAUAGGACUGGAGAAGUUGUGAACUAGUCUGCAUGAAUGGAGACACGGGCUUGACGUCAUCCUCAUUAAGUGUUUAAGUUUUGAAGGAUUGUGGCCGAACCCGACAAACCCGCUCUGGAUUGCGUUGCGUGCAUACCCAGUGAUGCACAGAAACAAACACAGCCCAGCUGUUCCUGUGUCAUGACUCAUCAAAAAGAUUUGCCGCCACUUGCUUCUUCACGGUUUCGCUACCUUUUGGGCGGGUGGGGGGAGUGUUAGUCCUACCUGAUUUUUUUUUAGCAUAAAAUGGAUGUGGGGCAAUGUGGUGUCUUCAAAAACAAGUCAGACGAGUAUGCCAGUAAGGGGGAGGCAGACGGUCGGGGUUCGCCUUACAGCUUGAUUUUUUUUCUUUGCACAACAACAUACAUGAGCCAUGAAGUGUCUGAGAACCAGUCAGGGGAGUUUUCCAGAGCAGGUUUUCUAACCUGGAUUUGUUCUCUCAGAGCAAAGUUGUAAAUCAAUUAAUAGCAGCGCCCCUCGGUUUUGUUUGGUCGGAGAAUUAAGCCAAAGAUGGCGGUUUGCCACUUACUGGUCUAUUCAACUUGGAAGGUCCAGUCUAAUGAAAAGAUUUAAACGGGAGAGUUUACAAAAUCCUUACACUUUAUGGUUUAGUAGAAUCUACUGUAUGUAGAAUGGCUAUGCACAAACCUAACGGAGUUGUCAAGAAGGAUGAAGCUUAGAUCCGGUAUGUGUCAGGGAAGUGAAGAAUUAUAAGUGAAGGAAUAAUAUUUGUCUAUUUACACUUGAUCAUUACACUUGAUCAUCAUUUUGUGAUUUUUGAACCGAUCUUCUUUUCGAUGACUGAAGAACUUGAAAUGAAAUUCCCCUACUGUGUACAUUGGACAAGCU